UUUCGUUAAUUUGUUAGUUCAUUUGUUUAUCCUUAUGUUUUUUUCAUUGCACAGUCUGGAGCAAUUUCAUUUCACCGCUGUUGUACCACUACAUUCAUACGCGUGACAAAUAACUUGAAAUCUUUGCAUGUCUUUCAUCAGGACGUCAUUUUGUAAGACGCUGGAGCCUCUAGAGGGCGGUAUGGUGGCUUUGUGAGCAGCGCUGUGGCAUCACAUCGCCGCUGGGUUCAAAUUCAGCCCCCUAAUCUGCGUGUGUGAAGUUUGCGUGUUCUCUCCAUGUUGUGUGGGUUUCCUUCGGACACUGUGGUUUCUUCCAACAGUCCAAAGACAUGCAGUGAGGUGAUUCAUCAUCUCUGAAUUGCCCACAUUGUGUGCAUACUAUACAAUGGUCUGGAAUCCUAUUUGGGGAAAGUUCCUACCUUGUUGCUUGUGCUUUGUGGAAUUGGCUCCAAGCUCAUUGUGACCUUGUCCUUGUUAAAUGGUAAGAAGAUGAAUGGAUAUAUGUAUUAUAGGAAAAGGUAUGGGAUGCUAUUAUAGGUUUAUAGUGAUUUGGUCUCUCAUCAUGUUUUAUUUCGGUUUGGCUUUGACAAACCUAUUUGUAUUAGGUAAUUUUAUUCUUAAUAGGCCACUUUUAUACUUUAAUUUGUGUAUUUAUUUAUAUAACCCGUGAUCGACCGGAAACCAUGUCACUAGCAACACAACAUCUGUCAGAACAUCACAGCCAAAUGGCUUUAGUCUUGUCACAUACUUGAGGACGUAAAACACUAAGCUUGGUUUAAAUUCAGCACAAAUCCUGCAUUAACAGGCGAAACUGUAACAUGCCUUUAUUAUGAAGUUAGGAGCGACUGUGGGUUCAGUCACAUGAUGCAGUGCCACCAUGUAUUCGGUGUGCAGAAUAUUGGAUGCUUACACACCUUUGGGUACAGUACUUAGGCCACAAUUCUGUGCCCAGUGUAAUAAUAAUAUGCAUACAACACAGGAAGAGCAAGGCUGGGAUUUGACCCCAGCUGUAAAGGUGUGAAGUUACAGCGUUAAGGCACCACGCCUAAGAAUGUUAAUUAUACUAAUAGCAACAACGAAAAAAAACAAGAACUCCGAUAAUAAUAUCAAUCAUUAUAAUCAUACCGUCAAUGGCUGUAUGACUGCCUAAGAACAAAUAAUCACAGUUAUGAUAAGCUGGGUCGCUGCCCCGGAGCACUGACUAGGAUCCCCAUUGAAAAAGAUGCUUCCCCCUGCAUGCAAAGAGCUGGUAUCCUAGCAACUCUAAAAACAUUGGAUUUGAAGGAUUACUGAAGGGUCUGGAGCUUAUUGAAGCUUCAAGAAUAAGUGACCAUGGAGGGAGCAGCCCAGCGCGGCAUUGAAGGUCUCGGUCAGGCUGCUCGCUGUCAGGAUGCGGGAGGGAGCGGGACGGCAGCAGGGGACUCGCCCUUCGAAAAAGCCAUGCGCUUUCUGGCAGAGAGGGUCCGCGAGCCCCCCAGAGGCGCACAUCGCUUCGGCUCUCUCAGUCACCAUUCAUUCUUCUCCAGACACAACCCCCACCCCCACAGAGUCACGCACAUCCAAGGUUUGAAUGGGACCCCUGUAUGCAUAGUUAAUGAUGACUUGUGGACUUCCACACCAUCGCCCCUCUACCCACUGAUUAAGAGUCAGAUGCCCCUAACAGUCGGAAGAGCGACCCCUGACCCCUUCCUGCAUCGCUGCCGAGACAGCUGGACCAAUCACACGGCAGUUCCCCUGUCGGAAGCAUGGAGGGAGGAACUCAGAGAACUUGCAGCUAAAGUCAGCAUGUCGACGACAGUUAAGAAAGAAAAAAAGUCUCAAGUUACAGAAGGGCCGUCAGGCAGGAUGACACAAUACUCGGCCAAGACCGGACGCAUUAUUCCAGCCUCGUCACGGGCCUGCAGCAGACACUCGACCCAGGCUUCAUCGAGACACGGCCGGCACCAGGGACACCCCCCCUCACCCGCCCUGUAUGACCAGGAGCUCAGGAUCCUGGAGCUCCUGUGUCAGGUCCUCCAGACAGAUUCCUUAUCUCAGGUCCAGCAGUGGCUUCUGUAUGCCCAUCAGCGAGAGAAAGACUUUGUGAUGGAGCUGAUCCAGCAGGCCGUGGAUGCCAGUGUGAUCGACAGCCUUGCUAAGGGGGUAGCUGAUCCCCUGCCAGCACUGUCCUCCUCCACAAGGCUUCCUGGAAGAAACCAUGGUUUUGACAAAGCUACAGAUAUAAUCAAAGAAGAGGACAGGCCAGGUAAUUAAGCAGCUGACUUCAAAUCUGAAACCUGUUUCCAUUAUGAACAGGCUCAGAGGGGGAUAAGCCGUCUUUCAGAGACUAGUACUGUAGUAUAUAUUCUUUAGUCCCAGUAAAACUGCUUUAACAGGUAAAAGCUUGUUUUGACGUGACUUCAGGUCCGACCCAGUACUUCAGCCCCAUUUCCCAUGGUAGUGAUGCAUUUAAACACAGUUCUCACAAACUCUGACCUUGACGCAACAAAUGGAUAAGACAAAUAAAGAAGAAACAGAUAAGAGAGCUUUAUGUAUUUAGCAAAAACAAUGGUUGUUACUGCAGUAGUGCAUAGGGUAUACAUGCAGAAUAGUGACAGUCAGAAAGUCUUUACUGACAGAAAUUGACUCAAAUAAUGUACCAACAAAAAUGUGCUUUAUUUUGCGUUAUAUUGUACCAUAUAUAUGUACUGUAUGUACUCUAUAAUAUAGCAACAUGGAUAGCAAUACAUUGGAUACAAUAAGCAUGUAUAUAUGAGUAGAAAAUGACUCAGGAGGAAGAUGCCAUAAUGAAACAGUACAAUAGUUUUGCCUUUUGAAUAAAGAGACAUUAAAAAAACAUAAAAAGGACGUUGGCAACAAAUGCUCUGAAUUGGCAUGAGUGUCUAGCUAAAAAAGGGCCCGGUCUAUGUUUAAUUUAUGCUUUUUACCCUGUCUGAAUAGCUACAAUCUAAAUCUAAAAUGCAAAAAAAGGUCUGAAGUAACGUUUAUCCCCCAGCUACCAGACCCUACUGUUUGAGACAGUUUCGAGACUUUAAGCAAUGAUAUAAGCAAUGACAUGAGGAAGGCCUUAUAGGGGUAACCAUGACUGCAGAAGAGCGUGUGGUUAGUAACACAAGCACUUACAGCAUGAGCCAUAAGGCAUUAGGUUCAGUUAUGUAACUUCAGGUGUAAAACACUAUGGCCCAGCUGAGGGUAUUUGUUGCUGUGCAUAUUUGGACAGAAGGACGAACAGUAGUAGGUCUGUGUAGCGUGGCUGAUACAUAAAGAGCUAACUUUAAAGACUGAGCACAGAGGUUUCAGUCCGUGCUGUGCCAGGUUUGUAGCCUUCUGUGAGAAGGACCUAAAGUAGCAAAUGGACA